CUGCACUUGUGCCUGAAUGUAAAUAUAGAAACAUGUACCAGCAGGCUGAAUGCUAAUCGAUGAUUUGACCCGUUUAAUCGUAGAAUUUACCUUUUGUUUUAUUUAACAAUUUGUCCCCAAAUUACGUACAGUUGAUCACUGUUAUUCUACGGAAGUGUGAAGCGUGACAACUUAUAUUUCAACUCUAUUUUAAGCUUUUCCUUUUCUUAAGUCUGAGAGUGUUUAAGUCGAAUUUUUAAACUUCAACUCGUCAUUAUGCCAAAAGGAGGGAAAAAAGGUGGCCAUAAAGGUCGUAUGAGAACCUACACAAGUCCUGAAGAAAUAGAUGCGCAGAUGAAAGCAGAGAAAGAACGAAAGAAGAUUGAAGAGGAGGAAGGUGCAUCAGUGAAUGACAACCCAACAGAGGACAAAAUUACAGCAUCAGAUUCAGAAGACAGUGAUGAUGAUGGGUCUCAGAAAAGAAAGGGCGUUGAGGGGUUGAUAGAGAUUGAAAAUCCGAAUCGUGCUGCCCAAAAAGCAAAGAAAGUCACAGAAAUAGAACUUGAAGGUCCCAAACAGCUUUCCAGAAGAGAAAGAGAGGAGAUUGAAAAACAAAAAGCCAAAGAGAGGUACAUGAAAAUGCAUUUAGCAGGAAAGACAGAUCAAGCCAAAGCAGAUCUAGCUCGGCUUGCCAUUAUCAGAAAGCAACGUGAAGACGCCGCACGAAAAAAAGAAGAGGAACGUAAAGCAAAAGAAGCAGCACAAGCAGCAGCCGCAGCAACUAAAGGAUUACACACGUUGUCUCUCAAAUGAUCCAGAUGUAGUGGAUUCUUCAAGGUUUUGUUUCAUUUGUGGACAGUAUACGAUUAUAUUUGACAAUUGUAUUUUUUAAGACGAAGACUGGUGAUGUGUUAUGCUACGUAAGACAUUAUAAUACAGUGGUCAUUUGGAAAAGAGUACCGUAUAUUAACAAUGAAAGCAAUGCCUUUGUGAGAGACCUGAUGCUUUCACUAAAGUUGCUUGUAAUGCUUGCUUUCACUCAAUGAUAUUAGAAACAUAGACAUAUUUAUUAAUAUAUAUUAACAUAUUGCCACAAGUAACGGUGAAGUUUGCUGUCUCAGUAUGGAGAAUUAUAGUACAUAAAUUGUUGUGAAUUGUAAAGAGGGCUUUGUGUAAUUUAGGAUGAUGUUCUGAUGAUAUUGUCUUCUUAAAAGAAUGAAAACAGUUACAUAUAAUGCCAAUAAAAAUGUCAGAACUUUUUAUUGAAAA